AUGGUAUUUUGUGUAUUAACAUUGAUAAGAAGAUGGUCAAUGCCUCAGAAAUUGUUAAAUGUUAGGGUAUUGGCAUUUCUAUAUAUUUAUCCAUUUCAAACAGUAGGAUAUCAAGUUAGAGAAUACCCAUUUCCAUACAAUCAAUUAAUACUGAUUGGUACUCUAGUUAUCAAUGGAGUAUGGUGUAAAAUGGGUACUUUUAUGGUGAUCAUGACAUUGGCUUGGAAAUUCCAAAGGAUUCAAUUCAUUUAUCGUUUGGAAAAGUUUAUAAGACCUAUAUUGACCAUUUCAACAUUUCUAGUUUCCUAUUUAUACAAAGAAAAAGCUUAUUAUAUAUUAGGUCCUUAUUUCUUUAUUGCAUCACAAGGUAUUUUAUUUUGUAUUCAAAUUAAUAAAAUGGUUAAUAAUAUUAAUCUUGAAUUUCAAGCUAAACUUAAUUUAUUACCUUGGUAUGUACAUGAAAAGAAAUUUAUAAGAAAUCCAUUUAUUAAUAAUUUAUUAAAUACUAAAUCAAUUCUUUUCAUGGCUUUUAACUUUAGGAGUAUCGUAUUUUGUGUAAUUAAUACAUUGGUUAGGUAUUGGUAUUUCCCAAGUCAAGAGAGGAAAACGAUACAAGAUAAAAUACAAAGUGAUAGUUGGUCUCUGUGGAUUGAAAUGCUUCAUUUAUAUGUUACUUCAUCUGUUGAAUUGGAAUGGAAUGAUAUAUUACCAUUUAUAAUUACUAAAUUUAAAUUAUCAAUAUCUAAUUUUUGGAAACACAAUCUUCACAAUAAUAAUAAUAAUGUUAAUAAUAAUAAUAUUUUUAAUGAAAUGGCACCACCACCAAUCAAUAAUAAUAAUAAUGUUAACGAUCAUAAUAAUAAUAAUAAUGAUACAAAUGAUAUUCUUAAAUAUGCACAAAAAAACCUUACUCCAACCAUUCGUCAAAGAAAAAUAGAUAUAAUUAAUUAA